AUGUCCCAAGUUACCUUACAUACAUCUAUAUUGUUUGAUCCCAAGCAGAAAAGUUUCCUGGAAGGUGUCUCCCUGACUGUCGAUCAAACAAACGGCAACAUCGUCAAGCUAUGGACGAGGAAAAAUGACGGCGAGAUCAAGAGCACCGACAUCGAUCUCAGAGGCAAAACCGUGAUUCCUGGAAUGGUCGAUGCUCAUACGCAUAUUUUCCUCCAUGCAUACCAGGAACGGCCGAGCUUGAACCAGAAGCGUGACGAAAGCCCUGCUGAGAGGAUCAUCCGAUCUGUGAACCAUUGUCGAAAAGCUCUUCUGGCAGGAUUCACCACAUAUCGUGAUCUUGGGUCUGAGUCGAUGGAAAACGCCGACGCCAACGUUAGAGACGCCAUAGCACGAGGUCUGAUGCCUGGGCCCAGAUUAUUCGUGGCAACAAAGGUAAUCGCAAGUACGGGAUCGUAUGAACCUCGUACCGAGAAUGGCGGCGAGGGCCACGUCUGCCUUCCUGCUGGAGCUGAUGCGGUGGACGGUGUCGACGACAUUCGUCGAGCUAUUCGACGUCGCAUAGCAGCAGGAGCCGAUAUUAUCAAGUUUUUCGCGGACUAUCGUCGGCGCAUCAUGAGAUAUCCUCCUGCACAACAGCAUCCUUAUAUCCACAGCGUCCGAUUCCCGCCAGCAAACCCAAACCCUGACGUGUUGGUUUUCAACCAAGAGGAAAUGGACGCAAUCGUGCAAGAGGCUAAACUGGCCGAGUGUCCAGUUGCGGCUCAUUGUGGCACUAUAACUGGCACUCUCUGUGCGAUCAAAGCGGGUGUUCACACCAUAGAGCAUGCCUAUUAUGCAAAUGAGGAAGUCUUCGAUGAGAUGAUCAAAAACAACGUGGUCUUCGUCCCAACUCUGUCUGUUUGUGAAGAGCUUCACCCAAAACGCUUGGAUGAGAUUAAAGCUCAGGUUGCUUUGGCACAUAAGAAAGGCGUGCGUUUGGCAUGUGGCGGGGAUACGGGACCAGUUCCUCAUGGCCAAAAUGCAAGGGAGCUGGAGCUAAUGAUGGAGGCGGGAGUACCGGUCGAGGAUGUCAUUGAGGCCGCUACUGUGGGGGGUUGGGAUGCGUGUGGAGGUGACUUAUGUGGAUUGAGAUUCGGCUGGUUUGAUCCAGGCAACAGGGCAGAUAUAGUUGCCCUCGAGACAGAUCCAAGAGCCGACAAGGGAGCCUUCCGCAAGGUCAACUUUGUGAUGAAAGAUGCAACAGUCUACAAGAGAGACGGGAAGCAAGUUGUCUUCGAGGAUUGA